AUGUCGCUGAUCUCGGUGCACCUCGAGCAGAUUGGCUAUUCCUGCCAGGGCAUUAAUGACCUACCAUUUCCUCCGCCAAAAGUCUUCACAAAUGCCCUGCUUUCCAAUCAUGAUAUCACAUCCAUCAUUCGUGACACCGAACCUCAUGAGCGCGCUCUCUUCUCCGUACCGCCACCCCCUCCACCUUCAACGACCCUCAAACCCACCGAACCGGAGAAGAAAAAGUCCUCGAGUAGACGCCAGACUGUAUUCAACGUAGCUUCGGGUGAGGUAACCACGGGCCCCCCACCGCGCACAGGUACACAUCCUCGUCGACAGACCGCUGUGGCAGCUGUGCUGGGCGGCCAAAUGCACGAGGAAUUACGGCGCGGAGAGUCGGACCGCAGAGGUGAUGUAGACGUCAACGUCCUCCUUCGCGGAGCGGAGAAGCUCUGCGGCGUGUACGAGUUACCGGGUGCGCGGGAGCGCAUUGCUACGCUGAGGAGCAAACAUGCGCACGGGAAGAACACAGCGGCAUACUAUGAGGCGCGAGUUCAGGAGCAGGCAGACCAGUUGGCUACUCUUGAUCACCGGGACUACUUCGAUGAAGAAGAAGAGGAAGAAGAAGAAGGCGAUGUGUGGACUGAGGAUGAUUUGCGGCGGGAGGAGGAAGAGGCGAAGGAGAUGGAGGUCAAGAAGAGGGAGUUGCAGGUGAGACUAAGACAGAUGGAGAAGGAUCUGGGGGGAUUGAUGAGAAUGUGA